GCUGCUGCUGCUGCUGCUGUUUUCUCUCAACAACUUUUUGUUUUAUGGAGGAUCUUUUUCCACUUUUCCACUCCUCGGCCUUGUGUUUUUCCUCUCUGAUUCUUCAGUUCUUCUACUGACAAAGCAUGGAAACCUCCCAACUCAGGGGACCAAGUGUUGUGCAUGUAUAGUUUAGAGGAAAAAACCUGCACAGUUUAUCCAACUAUACACCAGUGGGCCUGAAGAUGUGCGCACAAUCUGAGUUCCCUUCAGCCGAGAGGAUCCACACAAAGAUAAGACAAGUUUUUAACAGUUUCUAAAACCUCCGUCCACUGGUGUGGAGGAGGAGGAGGAGCAGGAGGAGGAGGAAGAUGAGGCUGUGUAACCGAGGGGUGAUGAUGCUGAUGACCACAGCGGGAGCUUUCUGCGCCUUCAGCCUGAUGACCAUCGCCGUGGGGACGGACUACUGGCUGUACUCUCGAGGGGUCUGUCGCUCCAAGAGCAUGAACGACAACGACACUGUCCGCAAGAACGAGGAGGUGCUGACCCACUCCGGGCUGUGGAGGACCUGCUGCACUGAGGGGACGUUUCGGGGCGUCUGCAAAGACAUCGAUCACUUUGCUGAGGAUGCUGACUAUGAGCAGGAUGCUGCAGAGUAUUUACUACGAGCAGUACGAGCCUCCAGCCUCUUCCCCAUCCUCAGUGUGGGAUUGUUGUUUCUCGGAGGUGUGUGUGUUGCUGCCAGCGAGUUCUACAAGUCACGCUACAACGUCAUCCUCAGCGCGGGAAUACUCUUUGUCUCUGCAGGUCUCAGUAACAUUAUUGGCAUCAUCGUCUACAUAUCAGCCAACUCAGGUGACCCCAGCCAGAGCGACAACAAGAAGAGCUACUCCUACGGCUGGUCCUUUUAUUUUGGCGCCCUGUCCUUCGUGCUGGCUGAGAUGGUGGGCGUCCUGGCCGUGCACGUGUUCAUAGAAAAGCACAGACAGCUGCGCACUAAAGGCCGGCCGUCCCUCAUCAAGCCGCCCAUCUCUCGCAGCUCAUCUUACUACCGCAACCGCUACUACCAGAACCGCUCCCGCCGGUACAGCUACAGGAGCAACCACAGUGCGGGGGACCUCGUCUCGAACUCCUUUCGAGCAUCUAUGGUGCGAGACCGAGAGCCGUCCCUCUCAGUUGAAACCAAAGCCAUGGCUUUGUCAAACCCAGUGACCGUAGGCUCAGAGUUCAUGCUCUACACCUUAUCCUCGCCUCUCAAAGACGGUAAAAUCGACAUGGCCGUGGAUGAUUUAACCCCGUCAGCAGCUCACAACAACACAGAGUUGCUGCCCGGAAACUGUGCUGCCAACAGAAGGACCACGCCGGUCUGAGAGGAGAGGAUGUACAGAGAUUAAACACAAGAGGAACUUCUGAACAUUAAAUGAAAGGAAGUCCUCUCACUUUUCUUGGUAAAGAAAGAGGAAAGGACUGGAGACCGGAAUAGGCCUGCAUCGACUAAUCUGUCAGAAAAUACAGAAAACAAUCUCAAACACAAAAGGGAAUGGGGAAGUGGAGCUUUCUGGGGCACGCUGCAAUUUUUGGAGGGUAGCGUACAGAGCUAUGAUAGACUGUCAUUAUCUGUCAGCGAUCUAUUCAUCUGUCAUCUGUCAGUCGUUCAUCAUCAGAAAUGUAUAAAGUAUGUGGGAAAGACAAAUGCCCAGCUAAAGAGAAGCUGACAGAGGCAAAGAGGUGAUAUAUUACAACUGACAGCUGUUGUUGC